CGGGCAUGUUCGUUUGUACAUGGCACGGUGCCCCGGAACAGCAGAGCUUGCGAAAUUAGACAAUUCCAUUGGUCCUUAACCGAUAUCUCCAUACUCACUGGGCACCGGGCCAUGCGAAAUGAAUUCUUCAAUUGUUGACUGACGUCAGGGAAGCGCCAUUCCUUAGCUUUGGCGCGUUCACAUCAAAAUCAAAAGAUCUCUGCUUUAAGGGAAGUAGCUACAAGCCCUUCGUUCCUCUGUACGUUUAGAAAAAAAAAUGUCUUUUCGCCACAAAUCCAGACGCACCAAUGCUGAAUAUAACGGAGAUGAAAAUAGGAAUAGGGGCCCUUCAAGGUGGUCCAACUGCCGGAAACGGGGAGCUGAUGGCAGUAUGAGAUCAAAUGGGGACUUGGACUCAACUGGUACCAGUGAUCUGAAGAUGAAUGCUAACCACAGACCUGUUAGUUUUACCACUCCUGAAAGUGAAGGUCCAGUUCCUAGAUGUGCGGAUUGGGGGAGUGAAGUGGAGACUGACGAAAGGCGCUCAAGUGUCCGUCGGGAUAUGCAACGUUACAGGCGGAGGAUACUAACAUCAGAUUUUGGUCCAAGGGAACGAAAGAACUCUUCUGGGAGCUCAGAGUCCAGAGACUCUCCUGUCCCCGGUGAGGUCAUGGAGGAGGAUGAGGAAGUCCUGAUGAGGAGGCAGAAACAGAUCACCUACGGGAAGAACACACUCGCCUACGACAGAUACAUCAAGGAAGUACCCAAGCACUUGAGGCAGCCGGGAGUUCAUCCUAAGACUCCCAACAAGUUUAAGAAGUACAGCCGGCGCUCAUGGGACCAGCAGAUUAAGCUGUGGAAGGUGAAGAUUCACGCGUGGGAUCCCCCAGCCCUGGAAGGCAGUGAGCUGCAGGCCAUAGAGGAGGUUGACUUGGAUGAUGUCAUGGAUAUUGAGCUGGACUUCCCUGAGCUGGAUUCAGACUCGAGCGCACAGCCUCUUAAAGUCAGCAAUGCCUCUUCGUCUCAACCGGACUCCUGCCAAGGGACUCCCAGCAAGAUGAUGAAAAUAGAUGCAUCAGUUGAUCUUGACAUGGCCUAACUGUUGUGCAUUGAAAGACAAUCCAUGGCGAUCACCCUAGCAGGAAAAAAAUUAUUGAAUGCUUAAUUAAAAUUCCAGGAUAAAUUCAUGAUUAAAUUCAAGUCAGUGACCUGAAUUGUAUAUAGUUACAAUUUUCUUAUGUUGUGCUGUGGAUGCUUGCAUUUUAUAAUUGUUAAUGACUUUAUGUUAAGAAAAUAAAUUUAUUGUGAGUAGUUGGGAGUGUAAAUUUGACUGCGUUUAGACAGGCAGGCCAAAUCAGAUCUUUUUCUUCUCUAUCAGAUCAGCUCUGAAAAAGAUCUGAUGUGGUAGGUAAAAAUGACCAAUUAGAAAAAAAUAUCAGAAUUUGGCAGCCUGUGUAAAUUGUUUUGAAAUACAAUGUUGUACUAUAUUUUGAAGGGUUAUGUUGGCAUUGAGAUUUUUAUAGGCAGUUUUUAAAAAAUAAAUGAAGUUAUGCGUCAA